AUGACACUUGCCAACCGCUGGGCUAUUCAAGGCAAACACCCUGGUUCAAACCCUGUUGCGCGGGGUGACAACCGGGGUGCUAGGCAAGCACGAGCUCAAGUAGCUGCUCUGAUAUCGUCCAACCCUAUAGUCACACGCCCAACACCUGAGAACAGGGCGGAACUUGUUUUGGACAAUGAUGAGGAACAAGCUGCUGAGGCGGCAGUUGCCCAAGGCCGCGAGCCGAAUCAUUGGCGUCAAAAGCCCAGCUCCAGGAAUACGCAUGGCGUCUCCCGUCUUGUGCUUCAGCUUGCAAAGCUACACUUCUGGGCGUAUGCGCUUGCCAAGGGGCCAUACCAGACUCGUGCCGUUUUUAUAACAUGGGUGCGGGUCUUGUGGCGCAAGACGUGGCUGAUGGAGGCCCCAGGAACACCCUUUUGUGAUAUAACCGACAAGGAAAUACAAGUGGUUAUAGCGGGUCUUGUUACAAAACGCGGCCGUGCCAAAGAACAGCUGCGUUCUGCCAUUGAGUUCCUCCUUGGCUUCAAUCAGUUUGCUAUGACUCCUGAGGAGGUAGCGUUGAACAUAUCUGCGUUCCAGCGCCACCAUCCAAACUCGUUCCACUGUUUAGAGCAAGAGCCGGAGCGCCGUGGCCACUAUGAGUCCGAGCUUAUGCACCACGCGUUUGCUCUUGCGUUAUUCCAUAAUGAGGGAGCCGUUGGCGUAGUCUUCUCUGAAUACUUUGAAGACUUGGCGCCGGCCACCGUAGUGUUUAUUUUGGCUAACAUCCAAUUCUGCCUUGAGGAAUGGUCCACUGGAAAGCACAAGAACCGGGACCUUGGGACCAGGCAGAUGCUCGCCAAGUUUGAGAGCCAUCUGAUGGCCUGGAACAAGUUCCGACGCACCGCGCCUUGUUGUGCACGGGCCCUCACUUGCGAGUGGUUUGAAUACGGGCUGCAUUACUCCAACGCUACGCAGCCUGUCAAAGAGCAAGGGCUUCUGCCCUCACAGGUCGCUGAGUUUUGUGCCAACACCCCCACCGCCAAGGAACCCAACCAGUCGGACCGAACCCUAAACAAGCAAGUCGCUUAUACGCAGCAGAUUCAAGAGCUGGGGUUGGACGAGGAGUUUGAUGAGGGGCCGGGCAAAGAGAGCGGCAAGGGGCUUAUACAGGAAGUAGACGAGGAAAUGGCGGACUUGUGGAUGCAGGAAUGGGUUGACAACAACAAAUGGGAACAGGUCCAAGAGGAUGACGAAGGAAUGGAAGGCGGCAAGAGUGGAGAUGAGGAGAACAAUGCAGCACUCACCGCAGAGGAGCCGGUCGAGUACAACGACAACGGACGGAUUAGUGCACGGUCGAAGGGCAAGGGCCCGGCCACCCACUAG